UUUACAUUUUACGAUAUACUUCUAAUAUACAAUUAAAUAUUAUUAAGAGAAAUAUUAAAUUACAAUGUUAUAAUAGAUCUAAAGAGAAUAACAUAAAUGAAGAAUGCAAACGAAAUAAUAUUAUGCGUCCCUCGCAAUUUAAUGAAUAUAAUUUUUUUGAUAAUCGCAUGAUCGAUGUAAAUGUUUGUAUUAUUGGUGGAGGCUUGUCUUCCAUUUAUACAGCAGUUUUUUUGAAACAAUCUCGUUUUAUAAAAGAUAUACAUUUAGUUGAUUUAAGUGGAAAAUUAGCUGGUACCGUUUUUGAUGCAAAUCACAUUGAUACUACUAUUCGUAUAAAGUAUUUUACUAAAAAAUUAAUUAGAAAAGCCUUGGUAAAAACAAAUAUUGUUGCACUUAUGGAUGAGUCGGAUUUUAAUAUUGAUAAAGAUCCAUAUAUUCAGCUUAAUAGGUGCUCGAAAUAUAUUCAUCAAAUGGUAGAGCAUAUAAUCGCAAUUUGCCCUACAGCACUUGUUGCAAUUUUUACAAAACCUGUAACAGCAACGAUGUCGAUGGUAUCAGAAAUUUAUAAACAUGCAGGCAAAUGGGAUCCAAAUAGAUUGAUUGGUUCAGUUUCUACAGAAGUAAUGCGAAUUGAAACAAUAACUGGAAAUAUCUUAGAUUUGAAUCCUGCAUCUAUAACAGUUCCAAUAGCUGGAGGAGCUGAUUUAAAUACUAUUGUUCCGCUUUUAUCAUGCACCAAGCCUGUCAAUGAAUUUACAAGUGUACAAGGUCAAAGUGAUACAUUGAUAGAAUUAUUUCAAGCAACCAAACAAGAUCAAAUCAAUUUUAAAGUGAAAAAGUUAGCUCUCUUGAAUGGAUCAGCUGCAGCAAAGUUAAUCUUGACUCUUGUCGGUGGUUUAAACAAUCUCGACAAUGUUUAUGCAUGUGCGUUUGUACGUUCAAAUGUAUUGCCAGUAUGUCGUUUCUUUACAUCUCAAUUACAAUUUGGGAUUGGAGGAAUAAAGAAAAAUUUUGGUUUACCAAAAGUUUCAUCUUUGGAAGUUAAUAUGAUUGAAAGAGCAAUUCCAAUUAUUAAUGAGUACAUAAGAAUGGGAAUGAAGGCUUCUAAUUGUAAAUAAAUAAAAUCAC